AUGGAACAUAACCACUUUCUUGACACACCAGAUUUCUAUUGGUCAAAUAGUCGAUUAGAAAAUCUUUAUAAAAAAGUAUUUAAUUAUUUUACAAUAGCUAAACGAACAAAAGUUUUAAAUGAACGUUUAAAUUUUUCACUUGAACUUAUAUCAGUUAUUCAAGCAAGUUUAAAUGAAAAAAACCAUGUACGACUUGAAUGGAUAAUAAUAAUAUUAAUAUGUGCUGAAGUAUUUUUCAAUAUAAUUGAUCAUAUAGAUUUUACUACAUGGAAAUUUUCUUCAAAACAUUCAAAAUCUUCAGAUGAUUAA